AUGUACCAAAUGCAAAGUAUUUUGACAGCUCUUCGUUCUACAAAGCAAGCAUAUCAUUGGUUUGAAAACCAGCAGGCAAAAGAACUUUUAGAAGAAUUUCCUCAUAUGUUUGCGUUCCUCGGAAAACCGAGGAACGAGAUUCCGUACGAAAAUCGUAAAAAUUUGCCAAAUAGUUUGAAAGGAUAUUAUUAUGUUCAUAGACUUUUAGUAAAUGCUGUAGCAAUGUGGGCUUCACCUCGUUACGCUUGUUAUAUUUUCAUGAUGUUAGAUGAAAUUCAUAGACAAGAACGUGAAGAGAUGGAAAAGAAACUUCAAGCAAAGGAUGAAGUCAUUGAAGCAAAAGACAAAAACAUUCAGAAAAGAAUACCACGUUCGGUACCAAAAGGUAAGGAAAAGAACUAUAAGUAUAUGAUUUAUACUGAAGAGAUGGAAAAUGAAGAAGAUAAAAGAUAUGGUUAUGUUGCAUUUAGUCAGAAGAAACAACAAAAGCUUUUACGACCUUGCUAA